AUGCGGCCUGGAGACCCGACGCCUACAUCUCGGAAUCUAAACCCUCUUAUGCACCCCUUUGCCCGUGCGAGAGAACGAACCCGUGCUUUGAAUGCGGUUAAAAUGGAAAGGAUGUUCGCGAAGCCGUUUGUGGACAGUCUGGAAGGGCACAUCGAUGCUGUUGAGGUUCUGUGCAGGCGACCUGGCUCCCUAACAGGUGUGGCCAGUGGAAGCUGGGAUGGAGGAAUAAUCCUCCACAAUCUAGCAACCCGAAAACCGAUCGCCAAAAUUCCCCAGGCGCACAAGGGGAAAGCGUCAGGGCUAUGCUUCUCUCCGGAUGGUCAAAGGCUUCUUAGCUGCGGUGUCGAUCGUAACGUGAAGCUAUGGGCCGUUGGAGACGAUAACCUGAAUACGGAGGUGCCUCUUAAUGUAUUCCCCGGGAAAGCUGCGUUUAACUCGAUAGAUCACCAUAGAACAGACCCGCUUUUUGCAACAGCUUCUAAUACUGUGCAGAUAUGGGACGAAACAAAGAGUGCCGCUAUAUCAAAUCUCACUUUCCCAACAUCAACCGAGACCAUCACAUCUGUUCGAUUUAAUAUGAGCGAGUCAUCCGUGCUCGCAAGUAUUGGAUCCGACAGGACAUUCACGCUGUACGAUAUCAGGACUGGAAAGGCUGAGCGACGAGUGGUUAUGCAGAUGCAAAGCAAUGCCUUGUCAUGGUCGCCAACUUUCCCGACAACUAUGCUACUCGCCUCGGAAGAUCAUAACCUUUACACAUUUGACAUCCGUCAUCUUGAUGCCCCAACACAGAUAUACAAAGCACACGUAGCAGCUGUUAUGUCGUGUGACUGGAGUCCCACUGGUCUGGAGUUUGUGAGCGGAGGCUGGGACAGAACAGUCAGGAUAUGGCAAGAAGGAAAAGGGCGGGCACCCGAAGUGUACCACACAAAACGAAUGCAGAGAGUUUCGUCGACUGUUUUCACAGGCGACGCACGCUUUGUUCUAUCCGGCUCAGAUGACGGUAACGUGAGGAUAUGGAAGGCGAAAGCUUCUGACAAGCUCGGCGUCGUCACCGCUCGCGAACGCGCUGCGAUUGAAUACAGAGAGAAGCUCAAAGAAAGAUGGAGAAUCGACCAAGAAGUGGACCGUGUUGCUCGGACACGGCAUUUGCCAAAGUCAGUGCAUCAGACGAACAAGCUCAAAAACACCAUGCUGGAGGCAAGGAGAGUCAAAGAGGAGAGACGGAGAAAGCAUACUCGGGCCGGGGAAAGCAAACCCAAAGCAGAACGGAAAAAAUUGGUUAUUGCAGAGCAGGUGUAA